CUUUUUGUCUCUUUCGUUCUUUCAUUUUGAAUCAUGCCUUCCCGCCAGCUCACCGCCGCUGUGGCCGUGCUGGUGGUGCUUGCCACCGCUGCUUCGACGGCGUUUGGCGACGCUCCCAUCUCCUUCAAGGACCCCUACGAAACGAUCAUCACCGACUAUGGCCAAUCGUGCAUCAGCCACCCGAGCCAUGCCCGCCACGGCAAGCCCACCGUCAAGGACCUCUCUAGCCCCGAAACCACGCUCGAGUUUUGCACGCCGUGGGCUGGCAACGGCUGCUGCCGCCCCGAGCUCACCCGCUUGAUCAACUCUGUCCCGGACUAUGACGCCGUGUACGACUUUAACUGGGCUGUGUGCGGCGAGCUUUCUGCCGACUGCGCGACCUACAUGAAGCACGAGGCGUGCUUUGUCGAGUGCUCCCCGUACCUGACUCCGUUCGAGGAUCGCUCGUUCGGCUACUACUUUUCGUCCGUCCCCGUGUGCUCGAGCUGGGCUGAUCGCUGGUUUGACGCGUGCCGCAACGACAAGACCUGCGUCGACAACUGGUACGACGACAACGCCUGGGAUUACACGCCUGACGGCUGGAACAUUUGCAAGCCGGACUCGCAGUGCACCACCUACGCAGACCGCUUUGGCAGCCCCAAGAAGAUGCUCGAGACCCUUUGGGGCAUUUCCUUCACCUACUCGACCGACGAAUCCCGCUGCUACAUGCCAUUCUUCAGCGGCGUCCCCAACGAAGCCCCUUACGUGAAGGCGCUCUUGGACAAGAUCCAGGUGGAAGACCCGUCUGUGAUUGGCACCAAGGUCAAGGCCGUCGACUCGACCGAAGAGUCCAAGCUGCCCAAGGCCGUCGACUUCCUCCCCAUCGAUGCCCCGUCGAUUGGCGCCAAGACCCAGACCCCGGAGCCUGGCCUUGCCGGCUACACACGCAUUGUCGUCGAUGACAUUGGCCUGACGUACGCCCUCGACCAGAUUACUGGUGCGAUUGACAUCUACCCCAUCGACCGCAGUCUCGGUGUCCUGACGCACAUCACCUUCGCUUCCACCGAUUCGGCUGCUCUCGACAUGGAUCUGAUGGAGGGAGUGCUUGCAGUCACCACGGUUCCUCGCUCGUCGCUGGCCACCUGGAAGGAGGAUGCUGCCCAGCCUGGCUCGCUUGUCUUUAUUGACAUUGCUAACGGCUUUGCUGUUCUCUCGACGGUGCAAGUCGGUGCCUACCCCGUCAAGGUCCUGUUCACCCCCAACGGCGAGCACGUCGUCGUGGCCAACCAAGGUCCCCGUGUCAGCUCCACCCUCGACCCCGAUGGCAGUGUCACCCUUGUCAGCGUUCGCCCGCAGCGCAACUACACUGUCGGUAUUAUUGGUCCCUACGUUCCGCCAAACUUGCUGGACUGUGCCGCUGCCGUCCAGCAGAGCACCCACGUCCGCACCGCUGUCUGGAACAACGAGACUGCCGUCGACCCCCGUGUUGCGCAGUUUGCCAACUUUUCUGCCGGUAUGCGCGACAUUGAACCCAUCUGGCUCUCGGUUGCCAUCGAUUCCGCGAACGUCUACGUGUCUCUGCAGGCGCAGAACGCCUUUGGUGUCAUCUCCAUUCCUUCGGGAACCUGGACGCGCGUCGUUGGCUGGGGCUUUAAGGACCACCAGGAGCCCGACAUGGGCCUCGAUGCCUCCAGCUCUGACGGCAUCAACGUCAAGAACCAGCAUCUGUUUGGUCUGUACCAGCCUCGCGUUGUUGAGGUCUUUUACGCCGACGGCAUUCCCCACCUCAUCACCGCCAACCAGGGUGACGCCACCCGCAACGCUGUGGACAUUUCCACCAUCACCAUCGACAACCCCGACUUUUGGAGCAACCCUGACGGCUUCAAGGCCUCGGUCGCUGGCCUGAAGGUCCACGACACGCUCGGCGUUGAGAAUGGCAACCACGAGUUUAUCUACACGUUCGGUGGUCGCUCCGUCUCCAUCUGGGAGAUGGACGGCUCGCUUCGCUUUGAUUCUGGUGACACCUUUGAGCGUAUUCUUGCCUGGAUCCAGCCUCGCUGGUUUAACGCGGUUGAUGGCGCCAGUGGCUUUGAUCAGGCCUCGUCCACCACUGGCUGCGCCCCCAGCGCCGUCACGCUCGGCCCGAUUGGCGAUCACCUCUACGCCUUUAUCGGUUUUGACAACUGCAACGGCAUUGUCGUCUUUGACGUGACCCUCCCCCACGACUCGCACUUUGUUCGCUACCUGCCCAUCGAGGACAUUUCUCACGUCACCGGCCUGUCCUUCUUCCCGUCUGUCGCCCCCACCUUUGACACCGCCAAGCUCUACGUCACUGCCUCUUCUGGCACCACCGCGACCGUGCGUGUGUACCAGGUCGUCCCCACUCUCGACCAGGGCCGCUUGACCGUCCCCGUCCACGAGUCGUGGUCGAUGGCCCAGCCGCUGCCCACUGCCCGCUCGGAUUUUACUGCCAGCACUGUCGGCAAGCGCGUCUUUGUCACUGGUGGCUGCAUCACGGACAACGUCGUCACCCCUUACGGCGUCGACCAGUGCAACCAGGUGGCUGGCGAUGUCAACAUUUACGACCCGGAGACCAACGCUUGGGUUGUUCCCGGUGGUGUCAUGAUUACUCCGCGUACUCGCCACGCCGCUGCUGUCUGGCGCGAGCGUCUGUACGUUUUCGGCGGUCGCCCUGCUGGCGACGAUUAUGGCCAGGCAUUCUCUUCGGCCGAGUUUUACGACUUUGAGCUGGACGGAUGGCGCGCCAUUGCUCCUCUGCCCGUCGCCCUCAGUGAUGCUGCUGCCGUCGAGCUCUUGGACAAGAUUUACGUGUUUGGCGGCUACGACUCGUUCUACACUGGCUCGCUCAACCGCACUUUUGUUUACGAUCCGAUGGCCGACACCUGGUCUGAGCUCGUGAACGCUCCGCUCAACGGCGCGUUCGGCCGUGGUGACCACUCUGCCGCUGUCAUUGACGGCGUCAUUUACUGCUUUGGUGGCUUUAGCCAGGCUCUGGGCGCCGAUUGGGGCACCACUGAGGCGCUUGCCACGAUGGAGGCCUUCGAUCCUUUUGUCGGCCACUGGACUCCCCGUGCCUCGAUGAACCUCGCUCGCGGCGAUGCCGGUAUUGCCGUUGUCGACGACAUGCUCUACGUCAUGGGUGGCGAGGGCAAGGAUGGCUCUGACCCUUACACUUGGAAGUACAUUGCGCGCAACGAGCUCGAGCGCUACGACCCUGCCCGCGACCUGUGGAUCACGCUCGCCCCCGUCCCGUCGUCGCGCCUGCGCUGCGCUGCCGCCUCCGUCGGCGAGUUUACCUAUCUGUUUGGUGGCCACAACCAGCAGAAGGAAAUCCUCUACCUCGUCGAAAAGUUCAACGGUGACAUCAUUUUCGGUCUUGAAGAGUACUUUGAGCACAUUCAGAUCCGCGCUUCCAGCCUCCACAACUAUGUCGUGUCUGCCACCUCUCGCGAGUCUCGCUGGGUUGCCAACGAGGCCUACACCAACGACAUGACCACCGUCAACACCCAGCUGGCCUCUGUGCAGACCACCUCGGCUGCCAACAACCUGACCAUCACGACGCUCCAGGCCGAGAUUGCUGCGCUCCAGGCACAGUUGGUGGUCCUUACGCACUCCCUCAACGCUGCGACUGCCCAGGUUGCUCAGCUUCAAUCGUAUGUCGAUUCUGGCAACGUUGGCGCUGACAGCAACGCCAAGGAGAUUGCCGUCGCUGCCCUUGUUCUGGUUGUGCUCCUCAUCGUUGCGCUCAUCGUUGUUGCCGUCAAGACCUGGGCUGUUCCUGCCCGUCGUCGCGCCAACAGCCAGCGUGGCCCUGUCAAGCUGGAGGACCUCAGCGACCGCAUUUAAAACCAGUCUAGGCGCCGCUCUUUCUCCUUUUUUUUUCUCCUCUUCCCUUGCUCUUGUGUCUUGUCCUUUGUCAUUUCGAACCCUUCCUUUUCACCUUUUCUCCUUUUCACCUCUUUCUAUUUGUACUUUUUUUUCUGCCGUCUUUUUUGGCCGUCGAGCUUGUUUCUCUCUGGCUCCAGACGUGUGCUGCGUUUCCAACGUCGCAUGUGUUUGGACUGUCGGGACUUCUCGUGUCUGCCUAACCCCUCCAGGACCGCCGGGGUGCUAAGUAUCAUUUGAACUUUCGCACUUUUGCUCCAACGCACAAGAUGUUCAUCUUUUUGUUUGUUUGUUUCUGCAUCCUGUUUCGCUGCCCCACUCAAUGCGGAUGUCUUCCAACGAGGACUGUGAUUUUCUGGCAUCGGGCAUUCCACCUUGCUCGGAGCUGUCUUGAGAUUUUUGCAGAGCUGGCCUCAUCGGUCUGCUCGAAUUCUCUUGAUGGCUCUCUGCAUGCUUGUGGGUGUUCUCGUUGCUGGUUCUUCUUGUUCUUGUUUGGCUGCUGGCUGCUGCCCCCCCCCCCUCAAAAAGUUGUUGUAUCUUGUCUUUUGCGCGAUUGUGUUGAUUCUGGCUUGGCUGAGAUCAUACCCGUGAACCUGCCCGGAUAAUACCGGGAAGGAAGCGUCCUGGAACCCCAUUUUUCUUCUUUCUUGAUGUAUGCCUCUUUGUUCGAAAUGAAAUUGUGUAUAUGA